AUGAAAGCAGCGCGGUCUUGCGUGUUUCAUCACCGGAAUCGACUCCUAUUGCAAGCAGCUCCUUUGCGGACGCCAGCACAAAGUAGGCGGGUGUUGACUACUUCAAUACCAGUUGCCUCACCUUCCAGCUCUUCACCGCCUGGACAUGGACAUGGGAAGGCAUUCAAUUCAUCACUCGCAGUAGACAGCAUCGCGUCUGGCAAUCCUGCCGAAUUCGCUACGAUCAACCAGCUCGAGACCUCACAAACGUUCCUGGAAUCUACCUCCCCGAUAAAGCAACAUCAAAAGCUCGUGCAGUCUGGGGUGCUUCGAAGUGACGAUCAUCAGGUUCGCAUCAUUGGCAAACUCCAGCGUUUCUGGGAGCAGUUGCUCAAGUACGAUCCGCCGCCUAUACCCGAAGUGACGACAAGUAAUUCAUUGUUACAUCGUCUGUUUUCUCGUGCACCUUCAGCACCAGAAAGUCCUCCUGUAUCGACACCAAAAGGUCUUUACCUUUAUGGUGACGUUGGCACAGGCAAGACAAUGCUUAUGGACCUCUUUUACCAAACACUGCCCCCAUAUAUCACACGCAAGCGUCGCGUGCACUUCCACGCAUUCAUGAUCGAUGCACACAAACGCAUACACGCUAGUAAAAUUGCCAUGGGGCAUUCUGGUGGCGACCCAAUUGCUCCUGUUGCGCGGGACCUAGCAAAGGAGGCGUAUGUGCUGUGCUUCGACGAGUUCCAGGUUACGGAUAUCGCGGACGCAAUGAUUCUGAGGCGCUUGUUGGAGGGCUUGAUGAAUCAUGGUGUAGUCUGUGUAAUGACAUCUAAUCGACACCCAGACGAUCUUUACAAGAAUGGAAUCCAACGGUCUAGCUUCAUACCCGCCAUAGAACUACUCAAGACACGCUUUGAAGUGACGGACUUAGACUCAGGAACUGACUAUAGACGGAUACCCCGCGUCCUCUCACACGUCUAUUAUCAUCCACUAACGCCAGAGAAUAAUGCCGAGAUAGACAAAAUCUUCAAUUCGCUGACCUGCCCAACUCCUACUGCUGCACUUCAAGACCCCGUAAUUAAGAAUCGCCCAAUAACGACGUGGGGUCGCACACUUCACGUCCCACUGUCAACAUCAAAGGUUGCACGAUUCUCAUUCGAGGAAAUUUGCGGUCGUCCAUUGAGUGCUGCCGAUUAUUUGGAGGUAACGAAACAGUUUGGUACUCUGUUUAUUACAGACGUGCCGAAAAUGGGGAUGGACAAGAAGGAUAUGGCAAGGCGAUUCAUCACGUUCAUAGACGCAUGCUACGAAUCCAAGACGAAGAUUUUUAUAUCGUCAGAAGUACCCAUAUAUCAGAUCUUCUCUGAUGAGUCGGCGGCCUCAGGGAAGGGCAUCUCAGAUCAUAUGCGAAGUGUGAUGGAUGAUCUGGGCCUAUCACCCGAAGCAGUGGGCUCGAGCUCGAUGUUCUCAGGUGACGAGGAGAUAUUCGCCUUCGCGCGCGCUUGCUCGCGUCUUGUGCAGAUGGGGAGCAAAGAGUGGGCAGAGACAUCUUCCCAAUAACAAAGACACGUAGAUGCUACCGGGGGACGCGCGACAACGAAGCGCUCCUUGGUGCAUAA